AUCUGAGAGACAGUGGAGCACAAAGGCUCAUGUCAAUAACUUUUUCAUGGAAAGUGUAUAUAUCCUCCAGUCUGGAUUUUCUCAAUGCCCUGGAACAGCAUCCUGCACUGUUCAUGCCAUUCAUGUGCUACAGUGAGAACAAACUGACAGCUGAUGCUUUGGAGAGCUUGUUUCAUGUGCAGCUCAGUCUGCCUGGUAGCACCAUGCAUCAGGAGGAGACCAGAGCACUGAACUACUGGCGAGACUAUCUGCUCUACGUUGAAGAAAAAGAGGCAAGCCUGUCGCUGGAAGACAUCCUCAUGUUUGGAACUGGGCUGAGGGAAGUUCCUUCUACGUCAAUAAAGCCACAGCCACAAAUAGCUUUCCAGAAGGACUCGCGCUUUCCUGUGGCAAAUAUGUGUGCCAGUACAAUCAAACUUCCAAUUUCACACACCUAUGAAGCCUUCCAAGAAGCCAUGGAUUUUGGCAUACAAAACGCCCCUGGGUUUGGGCUUCCUUAACUUUUGUGCCCUCCUUGACCAUUAUUUUGGUCAUUUGAGUUGUACUUUCUGGAUUCAUUUUGGCUGUGAUCAUUCCCCAGCAGAGAGUAGA